CGCAGUGGUGUGUGUGUGUGUGUGUUGGGCUCGGCGAUACACUGACAGCUGAAUGACACAAUGUAACGGCGACGCGCGGAAAUGAAAUAACCUAUUGAUGCACGCGCACACCCACAAACAUCAUACAGCGCAGUUAUUGCAGAGUUUUGUUGUUUUGACGAAUGGCCGUGCAAUCCUGAUACAAAUAACUCUUAUCGGUGAUUUUAACGCAUUAAAUUUAAAUGGCUCUCCGCGAGCGUUUAAAUCCGCUCGGCACACUGGAAUGAUCUUAUAGCGGAUCGCGAAGCCUGUGUUUGAUCUCAUCAUCCGCGCCCGUUACGCCCCAUCUUCUGUCGGGUGGGCUCCGUCGAUCGGUGGGCGGAUAAUUAUCAGCGCUAAUAUCUCCAGACAUUAGGAACCAUGGGGAACACCACGUCGUGUUGCGUGUCGUCCAGCCCGAAGCUCCGGAGGAACGCGCACUCGAGGCUGGAAUCGUACCGGCCCGAAGCAGACCUGAGCCGAGAGGACACAGGCUGCAACCUCCAGCACAUCAGCGACAGAGAGAACAUAGACGAACUCAACAUGGAGUACAACCCUUCGGACCAUCCGCGUGCCAGCACCAUCUUUCUCAGCAAGUCCCAAACAGACGUUCUUUUACCCAACAAGAAAGUUCGGGAAAAAAGGAAAAGUCUGUACGUCAACCAUUUAACACACAUUGCGGAGUCGAAGCAACAUCCGUCUGGUCCAAUGAGACGCAAGUACAGCUCCUGUUCGACCAUCUUUCUGGACGACAGCACUGUCAGCCAACCCAACCUCAAAUACACCAUCAAAUGUGUUUCCCUCGCAAUAUAUUACCACAUAAAGAACAGAAAUGUGGAUGGACGAAUGCUGUUAGACAUUUUUGAUGAAAAGCUUCAUCCACUUUCAAAAUCCGAGGUGCCGUCCGACUAUGACAAACACGACCCAGAACAGAAACAUAUCUACAGAUUUGUCCGUACGCUCUUCAGUGCCGCCCAGCUCACAGCUGAGUGUGCCAUAGUUACUCUGGUGUAUCUGGAGAGAUUAUUAACAUACGCCGAGAUUGACAUCUGUCCUGCUAACUGGAAGAGGAUUGUUUUGGGUGCCAUCUUGUUGGCAUCUAAAGUGUGGGACGAUCAGGCUGUAUGGAAUGUUGACUACUGCCAGAUUCUCAAAGACAUCACAGUGGAAGACAUGAACGAGCUGGAGCGUCAGUUUCUGGAGCUGCUGCAGUUUAAUAUUAAUGUUCCAUCCAGUGUCUAUGCCAAGUACUACUUUGACCUACGUUCGCUCUCUGAGGCUAACAAUCUUAACUUUCCUUUGGAGCCUCUUAGCAGAGACAAGGCCCAGAAACUGGAGGCGAUUUACAGGUAUUGUGAUGACAAAUAUAAAGACUUGAGAAAAGCAGCAAAGAAGCGCUCGGUGAGUGCUGAUAACCUGACAGUGGUCAGAUGGUCCCCAGCUAUCAUAUCCUAAUAAUGGUAGACUUUUGGAACUCUCAGUAUAGACGGAGAGAAAGAGACUGUCGAAAGAAGCGUUCUCUAAGAGGACACAUAUGUGCUUAGUACCUCAGCAAGACACUUAAGCCAGAGGCUUUUCUUCUGAAGAGUGUCCUUGCUGGGUGUAUGGCUGCUGUAUAUAAAAAAACACCCACACAAAGAUCACUUUCAAACCUGUGGCUUAGAGGACAAGGGGAGAGGAUGAAGCUUCUGUUGAAGAUCCAGAGGACAUAAAUAUGAAAACGACCCCACCGUCAGGAACAACAUUUCAACAGCUCUGCGUCAUAUGCGUUUUCACAACGUAUUUCAUCAUCUCCCCAAAAGCUUGAAAUGUUUUCAUCUGGAGCUUAACAGCCAUGAAACGAAAUGGCCAAAAUCAGCUUUUCAAGAUGUUCACUCGAUAUAAUUCCUUAAAGUAUUUUGUGAGAUAAAAACUUCAACAUUACCACUUUAGUUACACUUUUUGUUUUUUGACAGGUCAUUAAAAUUUAAUCUAAAGUAAAAACAUCCUAAAUUACAGGUUAUUCCUUUAUAAUUAGACUUAUAACAAUGCUAUUUUAUGGGAACAUGUACAAUUUGGACCUCAUUCAGACAUUCCUUUAUACUGUACAUCACAAGUCUGAUUAUAUUUAUAUUUUAUGCAUUUUUUACCUUUUUAUUUUUUAGUACCUUAUCAUGAUGGUUUGAAACGUUUAAUGUCAUAAAUAAAAGUAAUGGAAGUUGGAAGGUGAGUAGAUGAGUAUUAACGAAGGAAAUGUGAAAGGUGCUCUGGGGGGUCUCAAUGUGAAAUUCUUAAAGUGAUUUUUUCCCAAAAAUUCUUAUUAAUGCCAUUAAAAUUAAAAGAAAUUAAAAUGCAGAAAUUAUAUGAAAAGUUUUUUUCAUGAAAAAUUAUAUGCUCAUAAUACUGAAUCGUUUUCCAACCAAGCCAACAAUGACAUUCCAUUCUCGAUGACCAUAAAGGUGUUUAACCCUUUCAUUGUUGUUACUGAUAUAUUGAUACCCCUUGCUUCAUUAAAUGACAGAUAUACGCAUGCUGUCUCACUCUCAUCCCAAAUUCUCAAAGCAAUAUAUGCACUGUGAUCUGUUCCAGAGGUGGACAGUUACUUAAGUAUUUUACUGUACUCAACUACAAGUAUCUAUACUUAAUCAAAGUGGUUUUCUUAGUGGAAAACUUUUAGUUCAAUACAUUCUAAAGCUUUUUCUUCGACUACAUUUCAUUAAAUUUCAUUUAAUAUCUAAUUGCAUUAAAAUCUACUCAAGUAAAAGCAAUUAGAAAGUUUACUAUCUAAGUCAAAGUUAACUACUAGAUUAAAUGUAAAACAACAACAUGUAUUUAUGAAAUGUAGUGGAGUAAAAAGUAUGAACAUAAAGUACAGAUACUUGAAAAAUGUAGUUUAGUAGCAAGAAAAAAUACUUCACUACUGUCCACCUCUGCUUUGUUCACUAUUCACCUGUUAAAAAAGAUUGACGCUCGAAAGGUCUCUAGAAUAUAUAUUUUAUUUUAAAUGACACAAUAAGUUAACAUUUUGAAUUGAUUACAAUUGGUGAUAAAUGUGUCAUUAGUAAAAUUAGUAAUAUAAGUUGGACAGACUGCAGCAUUUUAUUUGUCGAUUAUGUGUCAAACUAUUAAAUUUGUUAGGGUGUCCUGCUAUAUCCACUGCCAUGCGCUUCACCCGCAGUGCCUGUGUCUCGCGGGAAUAGGGCCUUAAACUCAAUUUAAAGCUAAAAACUUAAUUUAUCAAAAAAGUUUGUUUUUAGUUGAAAAAUAUUAAAAUCAGUUCUUCCCAUUUCAGCAAGUAUUGCAUUAUGGCGCCUGAUGUACAGUUGUGGGCAUAAAUAUUAGCCUCCUUGGUAAAUAUGAGCAAAGAAAGCUGUGAAAAUAAAUCUACAAUGUUUCUCAUUUUGAACUUUAAGUUAAAAAACACAAUUUUAAUGUUUCAUUGAAGAAAAACAAUUGAAAUUGUGGGUGGGAAUUACACUAUGAAAUAAAUGCUUUUCUUUAAUACAAACUGGACACAAUUAUUGGCCCCAAUACAUUUUUAUGAGUAAAAUAUCUAUUCCAACUGAUAUUAACAACAAGGUGACAAGAAACAUGAUGUUGUCCAGUCAUAACUUCAGUUUCACAGCAAGAUAAAUAUUAAGUGACACAAAGCCCAGAUUCCCUUAUUUAUUUAUCACAAUGGGUAAACCCAAAGCCUACUGUAUAGUCUUGAUGUGCAGCAAAAGAUUGCUGAACUACACAAAAUAAAAAUAAUGUUUUUUUAAUGGAAAUAGUUAAAGGCCAAUAAUGAAGAUGUUUAAAUCGACUGGAGAUGUUGCAAAUCUUCCUGAAAGAGAACGUGUGUCUAUAUCAUCUUAAUGCUUAACAAGGAGAAUAAUCUGAAUGGACAAAUACUGAACUCUCCAAGGGUCAAAGAUGGAGAACUUCAAAAAUCAGUUUAAUCUUGGGGUGAAAUAAAAUAAAGUAAAACAGCACCUCCAUCACCAAAAGUUGUUUGGGACACAGUUUAAGAAACAAAUCAUCUGCUCUCAUGCAAAAACAAACUCAUAUUCAGCAUAUUCAACUUUAAACAUGACUGGGUUUGGCUGCCAUAUGAAACACAAGAGUUUUUUUUGGCAGCAAGAACACAAGAUGGCUUUGAGGGAAACAUGGGGAUGUAAAAGUGCCUCAGGUUUACAGUUAAAAAUACAUCUAAAUCUUUAUUGUUGUGAACCUACUUGAAUCCCAGAGGUCCUUAUUCAGAUACAUGGCUUCGUGGAUUAUAUCAAAUACCAACAGAUAGAAAAGUCAAAACCUGACUUGCUCUGCUAGAAAUCUUAUAAUGGGGAGGGGGGCAUAUCAUGAAAAUCUGACUUUUUCCAUGUUUAAGUGCUAUGGUUAAAUCUUUCAUCAAGACAUUGGUUCAAAAUCAACAAUAAAAUGGGUGACAGAGCAAAAAUAUAUUUCUUAGCCAUCCCAGUUCCCUGACCUGAACCAUACAGAAAAUGACUGAAGAGGAGAGAGCAGCAACAUAUGAAGUGUCUGCAGAAAUUCUGGAGAAAUAACUAAGAUCACUUGACAUGAAUUCUUCAACCUUAUCAGAUAUUAUAAUACAAGACUCUGAGAUGUUAUCCUUGCAAAUGAAGGCCUGAUUAAAUGAACGGCUAUUUGAGAAAAACAUUUUUAUGAUGUGACCCCCUCACACACAUUUUCAAAUAUUUUUCAUCAAUGAAACAUUGGAUUUGUGUGAAUUUUUUUAAAUAAAAGCUCAAAAUGAGUAACACAGAUUUAUUUUCUCAGCUUUCUUUGCUCAUAUUUACCAAGGGGGCUAAUAAUUUUGUCUUGAAAAUUUGUUGUAUCACGUGAUUAUUCUGCUAUGUGAGACUGAGAUUUCCAUUAAGUACGUUGAGAAUAUAGAAUUAGAACUUCCAAAAAAAUUUUUUGUAUAUUGUACAUACAAACACGCCUAAAGAAAUGUAAUUAUGAUCUUGAGAUAUUUAUAUGUGACCAGUGUUUACUUCUGUUAAUUUCUACAUUUUGGACAGUGAUAGAUUCAAAUCUGAAAAUACGUGUUGGUAAAGACGAAUUUUAGGUGAUGUUCAAUUUUGUUUUAUUAGAAAUAAGUUAAAGUUUUAGGAUUAUUGGCAUUUGUCUUUAAGCACUGUCGUUGUGAGCUGUUUUUUUAUUUUAUUUUAUAGUUAUUUUAUAGUUUUAUUUUAUAAACCUUGUUUUUUUUUCAACAAGCAAAAUUUGUUAAGGUUGUGCUGACAUGAAUGUAACUGCAAUAGAUUUUCUUUCUUUUUCUUUUGAAGUUUUAGAAGCAAUGGAGAGCAAUUGAUAUCAAAACAUCCAUUAUUGUCAGGCAGUAUGUUUGUGCAUUUUCAAUUUGUUUCUGUAUUUUAUUAUUUUUGUACAAUAUCCAGUAUAGCCUAAAUGAUAUAAAGUGAUGUCAGCUUGGACAUGCAAAGGUCAUACAUUCCUCCCAAAAUCCAUUUUUACAUAAAAUGGGACGGUUUCCCGGACAGGGAUUAGACUAGUCCAAGACUAAAAUAAAUGUAAGAGCUGCCCAAACUGAAAAUAUCUUGCAGUGAUAUAUCUUAAGUAAUGUUUUUAGUAAGGCAUGUUUGUUAGUUAUAGUGCUAGUUAUAUUUCCUAAUUGAACUAAGGGCCGAUUCACACCGGCUGCGUGGCGUGUCUGUUGCGUGUCUUUGGCAUUGGCAGCUGCGUGGCGUUUUCUAUGCCCUUGCUUACCAGAAGCGUUUCUGACGCAGUGCGUCGGUCCUAUUCCUAGCAUGCACGCGUUUUCAGUGCGGCUCGAGCAGGUCUGCGUGUCAUGUAGGCGGUGUGCACGGUCAAACCUGCUAAAAUGGGAGCCUAAAUAAAAACGGACCCGCCACGCAGCUGAGACGCUCACGCCACGCAUCCGGUGUGAAUCGGCUCUAAGGCCUAGUCCUGGCUUAGGAUAAUCCCUAUGAAACCACCCCAAUAUAUUUUGGGACUAUUAACAUUUUAAUUGGUUUUAUAACAAUCAAGCAUACAAUAAUCUCUGUAACACUUUACAAUAAGGUUGAAUUAUUAAAUAUUAGUAAAUGCAUUAUCUAACAUGAACAAACAAUGAACAUGAUAGUUUUUCAGCAUGUCAUUUAGCAAUUUUUGUUAUUGUUAGUUCAUGUCAAUGUGGUUAUUCAUGUUAGUUCAUGGUGCAUGAUUUAAUGUUACAGUUACAAUGCUUGAUUUUAUAAAUGUAUUAGUAAAUAGCGAAAUUAACAUGAAUUAAGAUUAAUUAAUGUUGUUCUUCAUUGUUAGUUUAUGUUAGCUAAUGCAUUAACCUUAUUGUAAAGUGUUACCAUAUUCUCUUGUCUGUAAUGUAACAUUAGGUUUUUUAUUAUUUUAUUUUUUAUUAUAAUAAUUGUCAUCACCAUAAUACAGUAAUUUUUGUUUUUAUUAAUUUAGUUGUUAUAAAAUUACCACAAAACUUUAAAGGUGCAAUGUGUAACUUUUAGAAGGAUCUCUUUACAGAAAUGCAAUACAAUAUACACAACUAUAUUAUCAGUGGUUAAAGACCUUACAUAUUGAAUAAUAUUGUUUUUAUUACCUUAGAAUAAGCUGUUUUUAUCUACAUAAAUUGCAGGUCUCCUUACAUGAAAGUCACCACCAUGUUUCUACAAUAGCACUAAAUGUACAAACUGUUCGAUAGAUCUAAUUUUGUCACUACGUUAUCUAAGUCGAUGACAUGUUUGUCCUGUGGCAGCUACCAUAGCUUCAAUAUUCGUUUUGAAAAAGAGCGAUGAGCUGAGGACAUUUGUUGCAAUUCACAACCUCACCUCUAGAGGCCACUAAAAGUCCCACAUUGCACCUUUAAUGGUCGAUAAAUGCGUAAAAUAUCAGUGCAACAUUUUCUAAACAAUUGGCUUUGUCAUAUUUGUCAACUUUUUUAUUUUGGGAUGAAAUAUGACCGAAGCAUGUUUUUGACAGAUUCUUUGAGAAUUUUCCCCUGAGCAAAUCUCACAGCUUACCGUAUAGCGCAACAAACAUGAUACUGGACAAUGCGUGAAUAUAUAAACAGUGUUGCUUUAUUUUAGAUAUGGAGGAAUUUUUACCAAAGUUACUCUCAGUGAAGAUCUGGUUAUUGGAAAUGGCAUCCCUAUUAAACUCCCUUUGCACAUUGAAGUUCAAUGAAGGCAUAAAAACAGAACGAGAAAUCAUUUUGAAAAAAACACACAUGAAGAUUGUAUCAUUCUAUUUAUUUAAUGUGAGCAUGUGAGGGUCAAGCCCAUUGUGGGGUCUUAAGAAAGUGUUGUAAAGUCCUAGUGAUGGAAGGCAGUAGACAGACGUGUGGUGUGUUUUCGCCCGUCUGGACUGAACUCUACCUCUGCAUAGAGUUUUUGUUUCUAUUGAAUACCUCUUUCUGUCUCUUGAUCUUUCUAUCUCUCUAAUCUUUCUCAUUUUCAUUGCAAUUUCUAGGAAAUUCAAGUCUUUCAGAACAAUUGUACUAUAAGUGGUUUCCUGUGAAAAGAAAGCGAACUGCUGUAGUCGUGACUUUUAUCAUUUUACGUUCAGUCACUGC